CAGCCUCUUCCUUUUUAGCUAUCCGGCUAAUUCAAACUAAACUAGUAGGCCAAACGUUGUUAGCUAUCUUCCCUGGUCAGAGCCAGAAUCCAAACGGACUCAGUCUAGCUUUCCAACAUGUCACACGUUCGGGAGUUUGAUUAUAUCGUAGUGGGGUGUGGCGGGAUCGGGAGUGCCACCGUCUACUGGUUGUCAAAGAGAGCGGGAAAACGAGUGCUUGGACUUGAGCAAUUCAAAUUGGGGCAUGACAAUGGAGGAUCACAAGAUCACUCGAGGAUUAUUCGUCUUUCAUACAACGCCUGUGAGUACAUCCCUUUGGCAAGGGGCACCUACGAGGCGUGGGGAGAAGCCGAGAUGGACUCCGGGAUUCAGCUUGUUUACAAGACUGGUGGGCUAGAUAUCGCCAAAAAGGGCACCCCUGGAUACGCCGUCUUGGAAAAAUUUGCUUUAUCAAUGAAGGAACAAAAUGUCGACUUUGAGAGAUACGAAGGAGAAAGCAUCAGGAAGAAGUUCCCCCAGUUCGCCGCCACACCCCAGUGGACCUGUCUCUAUCAGAAAGAAUCUGGGCUAGUAGAUGCUGCUAUGGGUAACGCCGUUCAUAUUCAACUAGCCCGAAAGAAUGGGGCAACUAUCAUUGACAACGCUGCCGUCCUAAGCAUCACCAAACAAGGCAGUCUGACCAAGGUUUCCACUAGUCAAGGUGAUUUCCUGUGCAAGAAAGUGAUAGUGACAGCAGGGGCCUGGAUGAAUGAUAUUCUUUCUUCCAUUGGAGUUAAAAUACCACUAACAGUCACCCAAGAACAGGUCACCUACUUUGGUACUCCUCACAUGAAAGAAUUCACAAAAGAAAGGUGUCCAAUAUUCAUCCUGCAUACUGGCCAGAAAGGAGAGCCAUAUUUUCUUCCGUUGCAUGGAAACACCGGUUUCAAAAUUGGGUUGGAUGUCGGCGGACCGGUAGUCACUGCUCAGUCAAGGAACUUUAUACCCGAUCAGAAACGACAAGAGAUGGAGAGGAACUAUGUCGCCGAACUAUGUCCCAGGGCUGUUGGACCGAUUCUCUAUACUAAGACCUGUUUGUAUACGCUGACACCUGAUAGAAACUUUGUGAUAGACAACUGCAGGAAGGUUGGCCACUCAGAUGUCAUCUUCUGCUGCGGAGCUGGUCAUGCGUACAAAUUUUCGGCCGUUCUUGGCAAGAUUCUUAGUCAGCUUGCAAUCGAUGGGAGAACGACGUUUGAUAUCUCUUGUUUCAACAUGGAUCGUGCAGCCAUCAGUGAUCCCAACUAUCCAGCCAAUUUCCAGCUAGGUGUAGAUGUCGGGGACAACGUCACUUCCAAGCUCUGAAGAACUUUAGAAAUGGCGCGGUCCGGGGGAGCGUUUCAUCAUGAAUAUUUUCAUCCGACAAGUUGUCAGAUCUGACAUCUUUCCAUGAUUUUGAUUGGCU